AUGGCGACCAUCGAACAGCUAGGCUAUAGUGCAUUUUUUAUCGCUUUGACCUGCAUUUUUGCGAUCGUCGCGCGUAGGCUAAACGAACGGCUGUCGAAAGAUGGGCUGGUGAAGGAUUUAAUAUUCGAAGCGAUUGCAGCAGCGGAACUGUGCGGAUGUUGCUUCGAGCUGAUCAUUGUGGCGGACAAUUUUGGCGUCGCAACGUAUGCCGUCUUCCUGUUCACACUCACCAUUUGGUGGGGCCGCAACUGGGGCUCGGCAACGGCCUGUCCCUACACCUAUAUGGAACAAAUAGUCGAAGGCGAAGUCGGCUUCAAGGAGGCUGCCCUCAAGAUUUGGGCUCAGCUAAUGGGCGGAUGCUGCAUAUUCCGCUACGUGCAGCUGUACUGGUGGCUUGAGCUUGCGGAAACACACGAAGGCCGUGCCUUUGAAGACUGCAAAGCUGAUCUUCAGGUGAACCUGUACCUCGGUGCGUUCAUUGAAGGUUUCGCCACGCUCUGCUGCCGGCUGGCGUCGAAGGUGAUCUCGGAAAAAGAUGCCCGGUUUGGCGCGUUUAUCGAUUCGUUCAUCGGUACCAGCCUAGUGGUUGCCGCGUUCAACUACUCGGGCGGAUACUUCAACCCCGUGCUGGCCACCGCACUGAAGUGGGGCUGUGCCGGUAAUUCGGCGCUCGAGCACAUCAUCGUGUACUGGAUUGGGUCGUGCUUCGGUGCCGUCCUGUCGGUGCCACUGUUCAAAACGGCCACCUUCCGCAACAUGUUCCUGGCGGAGAAGACCAAGAGCGAGUAG